GAGGAUAACAACAGUUUGGACAUAGUGGGCCAAUAUAAGCCGGAAAUUUUCUGUUAAAAGAAAGUGGCAUUAAGACUUGCGUCGACAGCAAACUAGUAGCAAUAGUAGUCGCGGGUCUAAGAAAGAAAGAACAAACAAAAAAAAACACAGGAGGAAAAAACCAAAUACAGCCUAAGAAGAACUACCGUACAUUAAACAACAACAACAAAAAAAAAACAUUGUAGAACAACGAGAAACUUCCCAAACGCUACACAACAUCAAACGAUAAAGCUGGUUUGGUUGUGUGGAGAUACAGCAAAAGUGUGAAAAGGCAGAAUCUUCUGAAAUUUGAGUGGAAAUCGGAUCUGUGUUUAAAUUGAAGAAUCUCUAAGUAUAAAUUAAAUACCCAAUUAAGCAAAAAAGUACGUGCAGACUACUAUAAUAUUGGUGAUAAACCAGUUGCAAAUAGUGAAGAGCAGAUCGAACAAAUCGACACACAAAUCAAUACCAAAACUGAGCAUAAAUCUCCACGAACGUUUAUGAUAGUUAUUUGUUCGUUUGUAUGUUUUGUCUUCGAUUAGUAUCGUUCCGUAAACCGUUAAGCAUAAGCAGUGUUUUUAGUAAACUGUAAACUGUUCAUCAUUACCAUCAUUCAUCGACGUCACCACAAACUCAACCGUACCAAUAGUUGUUUAUCGUCUAGCGUCACCUUAGCACGUAAACGGGAUAUUUAUAGAGGUUGCGGAUAAAAAGGAAAAUCCCUUAAUCGCAAAGAAAGCGUCCGUUACCACUGUAAUUGUGUAGAUAACGAAAAACAGAAAUCGUAUCGAUGAAAAGAAAAGCUCAUUGCAACAAGAGUUAACCAACGCACGCAGUUACAGAACAACUAGUGAAUUUCUCCAUCAAACAUAUUGUUCACCCAGCCGGGACGACAGAUCUAUACCUUCUUCUCCAAUACCGGAUAGCUUUGGAAUCUGGUGUAACAGUACGGAAAAUAGCUAUACCAGAUGGCAAACAUACCGGCAUUUGUGGGCGUUCCCAAACGUGCUUCCUGCAACCGUUGUAGUAAUCCCAUCUUUCUGGCAGAACGCAUCAGCUUCGGGGAAAAGAGCUACCAUCGCUCGUGUCUCAAAUGUGCCCGUUGCGGUACGCAGUUGACCGUGGGUAGUUUUUACGAAACGGAAAUCGACGGUGAAUAUUGCUGUGAAACCUGUCCAGAUGAAGAGAUACAGCUGGAGCAGCGACGCGAAUCAUCCCCUUCGUCCGAAGGAAGCGGCCGUUCGUCAAUUAUCACCGGUGGUGUCACACCGGUUGCUGGAACUGUAGGGCUACCGAAGAACGUUCGCAGCAGCAAGCUGCUUGAUCGGAUUUCAUUUUUCGAAUCCGCACCGCUAAGCGAUGAAGAGAAAACGUCCAAUUUAGAACGCAAGACGCGGAUGAGCAACUUCCUGAAAGAAACGCUCAAUGAAGUAGAAAAACACAAAGAUGAACCGCCCGAAUUACCAUCGAACGGACCACCAAGUUUGUUGGCAAACAGUUUAGAAGCGAAAGAGACGAAUGAUGCGGUCGAUUCGGAUAAUGUGGAUGAUGAGUUUGAAAAGUUGGUAGAAGAUCUAAAUGAAGAUGAUUUGGGCAGUGGAACGAAUACAUCUCUGGACGUCAUUCCUGACAGUGUUCCACAUGAAGAUAAAUUUGAAUUGCAAACUGAAUCGACAGUUCCUGUACAUACCGAGCCGACAAAAGAUCAAGUACUUCCUGCUGUUGAAGGAUCGGAGAUGAAAGAGAAAGACUCUUUGAAAAUAAAUUCAUCGAUCGUAAAGCUUGAAUCUUCCGAAGAUAUAGAAGAAGCUGUGCCUCUGACGAUACAACAAGAGUCAGAUGCAUUGAAAAAUUCAAGCACUUCAAAUGAAGCUCGGAACGAAAAGGAAAGUGUUCUGAAGGAAUUAGAUGUUGCUGCCAAGGCAACAGAAACUAUCGAAUCCAGUGAUUUGAAGAUCUUAAAUCAGCAGGAUGAUAUUGAUGAUAAGCAAACUGAAAUAAAACAGCCAUCAAUAGAGAUCUCAAAGGAAGAUGAGCAGGAAGUUUCUGCCGUCGGCGUUGAAAUUAUCAUAGGCUCCGAAACUCCGCCAUCUGUUGCAGAAUCGGAACCACCUACACAGGAAAUAGAUGUGCCUGAAGAAAACGACAGUACUGAGUUGGAAAUAGAACCCACGAAACUUAAGGAAGCGACAGAAAACAUUGAAUGUAAAACAUUGCCUAAUGAAACUGUAGAAAAUACGGUUCGUGAUUCUGAAGUGCCUGUGAAUGAAGACAAGAAAAUACCAUCUGAAAGUACGGAAGUAAGCAGCGGUGCUGAGAACGUGCCACUUAGCACGGAGCAAGAUACAAACGAUGAAGAACAAUAUCCAUCCGAUCUUAAUCCAUUCGGAGAUGAAGAUGAUAAUGGAGAAGGUGAUGAAAAAAUAGUAGAUUUACGAAAGGUUCCAGCUAGCGGAAAGCCUGUCCCUACUUUGCGACGCGUUAGCACAAAUCCUUUCGGUAGCGAUGACGAAGAGGAAGACAAUCAGCAGUCUCCGUCGUCGAAACCGCCGAGACCACCACCACCAAAGGUGAAACCGGUCGUUGGCAUUGCAUCGUCAAAACCCGUCCCGGCGAAUCCUUUCGAUGAAGACGAUGAUGAUGGUGCGACCGACGAGCCGGAAAUAGUGCCAGUAUCGAAACCUUCGCCUCGUCGAACACCGGUUCCGACGCCAAGAAAAGCGCAUGCCUAUAACGAUUCCAUCAGUUCUUUGGACAAUUCCUUAAUGUCAAGCAGCCGGUUGAGUAGCUCGAAUGUAUCACUAGCGUCCAGUCUGGAGAGUGGACCUUCUUCAAUGAUUGUUUCGAAACGUAAGAAAGGAAAGGCGCCCGAUAUUCCAGUGGCACCAGUGGGUUCUUCGACACCGAUCCUAUCCCAGCAGCUUCAGGCAGCAUCGUCUAGUGCAGAGAAAGUGUCAAUUGAGAACUUAUCUACCAGCAGUGGAAGUGGCACCCUGACAACACCGCGCAAGAAACGUCUAGCUCCGGCACCACCUCCGAUACCUCACACUACAUCCACUCCAAAACAAUCUUUGCAUCAGGAGGAUAGCUUACCGAGAGUACCUAGCCAACGAUUGCUUACUGUCGAUGCGAGUCUCCUGAGCAAUCCCGAUCGUGAACCAUCCGAAACAAUGAGCCGCGGAACAAGCAACGAAUCUGUGGUAUACCGCAGAAUUAUCGUUCCGCUAGUUUUGGAUGAAGAUGGACCAGAGUCUCCGGUGCACGAAGGCUCAAAUGCCAGUGGGCGACAAUGGGAAAAAAUGAAAGACAACAAGGAGGCACAAAACCGGAACCGUCAAUCGCAAAGUUCCCCUACUAGCGAAGGAAAUGGGCAUAGUUUUAGUAGUCCUGGAGGGGGUUUCUCUAUUCUUGCGAAUAAAUCGUCCCAAGGCAAAUGGAAACGUCGCAAAGGUCCUGCACCAGCCUUACCGUUGAUCGCUGCUCCGCUGCCGGAACGGAAACCUAUCAAAAUGUUACCGCUCAAGGAAAUUCAUCAGGAGUUGCAGAUCAUCGAGACGCAACAGCAGGGUCUUGAAAAGCAGGGUAUCGUACUGGAAAAGAUGAUAAGGGAACGGUGUGAGGGUGUAGAAGCGGACAUCGAUCUCGAUAUCAGGUUGCAGGCUAACUCGAAGGAGGUUGAAGAUUUGAUAAUGCAACUCUUCGAGCUGGUGAAUGAAAAGAAUGAAUUGUUUCGACGGCAAGCCGAACUGAUGUACUUACGGCGAAUGCAUCGGCUGGAACAGGAACAAGCCGAUUUGGAAUACGAAAUUCGAUUGCUGAUGGCACAACCGGAAAGGAACAAAACUGACUCGGAUAAGGAAAAAGAGGAAGCUUUAAUUACCCGCUUAGUCGAGAUUGUCCAGCUACGUAAUGAAGUUGUCGAGUGCCUGGAGAUGGAUCGUAUACGCGAGGCAGAAGAAGAUUUGUCAAUUAAGCAAAGCAUUGAAGAGCGAGCAGCAAGCCAACAGUCGAAGCAUGGAAGCAGCAAAAAAGAUCCACCUACCAGCUCUACGGCACUUUCGCUGACCGAUGCCGAAAAGCGCGAUUCGUCAACGAAGCUUUCGAAGAAAGAGAAAAAGAAACUGAAGGAAGCAAAAAAGUUAGUGAAAUCGAAAAAGAUUGACUCGGAAAAGGAUGCUGAUGAAACAGAAAGCAGUGCGGUAAAGGAGAAGAAAAAGAAACGAAAGUUUCUUUUCUAAACGCCAUGAUGCUGUAUGUGCAGUGGGAGAUCUACUUUACCGUGCGGCUCUCUCUCUCUCUACGUACGCCUGUAGAAGGCUUAAAGCCAUAUUCCAAUGAAGUCAAUAUUCCGUUCGAGACGGUUUUGAAUACAUUCCUGCAGUGCUGAUCAAUACACGGAUCCGUCCAACCGUUUAUGUUAUGCGAAAGCUAUUCAAGUAAUCAUCUGAGUAAUCAUUCGUGAGGACGUCACGCCUUACUCUGUAACGCGUCCAGUUUCAAUUAUGGUCAGAUGAAUUAGAGGUGCCUGUUCGAAUAUUAGAUUUGAGAAUCAUUAGAAUUGUUGUACACCAGUCGGAUGUUUCUUCGAUGGGGUCGAUUCCAAUACGUUAACGUUACAUGUUAUAUACCACAACGUUUGCUACAUGUCCUGGACAUAUUUCAAUCAUCGCAUUUAAUUCAAUCGUGAAUCGGAGAUAUACACACACGAAUACUGUAAGCUGGUUAGCAUACUGCUUCGAUACUCCGUACCAUUUUUGUCCAUUUCAUUUUGCGCACAUAAUAGUUUUUAAACGAUGUUUUGCUGAUAAUAUUACUCAAUUUUUACCACUAUUUACAUACAACAAUUAUAAUCAGAAGAGUGUCCUUUCUUGCGAAGGUUAUGUGCAUAGUGAUAGAUGGUAUGAACUAUAUUUGCCUAAUAGUGUAAGAAAUAAAAUUAUGAUUGAGCUUACCGUUGGAGCUACACAUACAGAAUAAAAUGAAAAA